GUUUGAUCAAUAAUUUGUAAGAUUUGAGUACAUAAAAAUCUAUCAUAUAUCUUCAAGAAAAUGAUUUUCAAUUUCACUGGCCGUAGAGAAGGAAUGUUUUCCACUAUAUGGGUUUGUUUCUUACUACUGCUACUCUCGCCGGAACUAAUCUCUGGCGGCGAAAUCGUUAGGCGUCUACCUGGAUUCGAUGGAGAACUUCCUUUCAAGCUCGAAACUGGAUACAUCAACGUCGAUGAGAUUGAAUUCUUUUACUAUUUCGUUGAAUCGGAAGGAAACCCUCAAGUUGACCCCCUAUUCCUCUGGCUUACCGGUGGACCGGGUUGUACUGCUUUCAGUGGACUCAUUUAUGAAGUGGGUCCGAUGGAAUAUGAUAUUUCCAACUAUACUGGAGGCUUACCAAAGCUACGGUAUUACCCAUAUGGAAGGACACAGGUAUCUAGCAUGCUAUUUCUUGAUCAGCCUGUAGGCACUGGUUUCUCCUAUUCAAGAACUGCUGGAGGUUGGCAUACAUCUGAUUCAUUAUCUGUUGAACAAUCUUAUCAGUUUUUAAUAAAGUGGUUGAAGCAGCACCCACAGUAUCAGUCUCUACCAUUCUUUGUUGGUGGGGAUUCUUAUGCAGGCCUUAUUGUUCCACUCAUUACUAAAAGGAUUGUACAAGAAAAUCGAGAUGAAAGGAAGUUAAAUAUCAAUCUAAAGGGUUACUUGGUUGGAAGCCCGUUGACUGAUUUUAUCAUUGAUAAGAACUCAAAAGUAAUAUAUGCUCACAAAAUGGGGUUUAUAUCUGAUGAGAUCUACGAGAAUGCCAGAAGAAGUUGCAAUGAGAACUAUGCAAUUGUUGAUCCAGCAAAUGAAGCUUGCUCGCUCGCUCUUCGCGAUGUAGAAAAGUGCACUGAAGAUGUAUCUGAUAGGGACAUUUUGAAGCCCAAAUGUGAUUAUCGAAUGCCCAUGAAAAGUGCUGAUGAAUUUUCAUCUGGAACUGAACAAUUCGGGCUAUCUAUUCUUACAAAUGCGGAGCCUCCUCCUUAUUGCAUUGAAUUUAGUCUUACACAUAACAACAUAUGGGCAAACGAUGAUGGUGUUCAAGAAGCUUUACAUGUUCGGAAGGGAAUUUUAGGAAGAUGGGAGAGAUGCAACAAUAGCUUAUCAUACAUCAAUGAUGUUCGAAGUGUUGUUCAUGUUCAUAAAGAACUCAGCCUAUUCGGUUUAAGAGCACUUGUCGAGAGCGGGGACCAUGACUUUUCGAUUCCUUAUGUGGGUACUUUGCAAUGGAUAAAAUCACUCAAUUUGAAGAUAACUGAUAAAUGGAGGCCGUGGUACUUGGACAACCAAGUAGCAGGCUUCACUUCAACAUACUCCUCUGACCAUGAAUAUCAUAUUACAUUUGCCUCGAUAAAGGGUGCUGGCCACCCGGCUCCAGAAUACUAUCGCCGGGAAUGCUUCUACUUAUUCCAGAGAUGGCUUCAUCAUCAACACAUAUAAUUGGAGAUUUUGGCUUAAUGUAUCCUUUCCUUUUUUUUUUUGCUAAUCAAUGCAUGCCCAAUAAAUACACUAAGAUUAUGUUUGGUUAUGAUGCAUUUUCAUUAUCUGUUUGAUGACUUGAUGAAUUGUGAUUAAUUCAAAUGGAUAUGAGGGCUUGUUGAGA